UGAGAAGAAACCAAGCUGACAUUCCACCAACAGAACCUUCUCUUCUGAAUUCUAAGGAUUCCUUUUCUCUUACCUUUAUUCUCCCUCCCUCCCUCCCUCCCUCUCUCUCUCUCGCCCCCCCCACCCCUCCCUCGCUUCCUCCCUUCUCCCGUUGAUCAAUUUCUGCCCACUUUAGUCCGGCGCCUCUGUUGCCUGUCGCGCAGAAGCGCAAUCACUGAGCAUUUGUAAAGAUUGGAGGAUCAUGGGCUGCUUUAACUUUUGCAAAAAAGGUGAUGAUCACCAGGCUGCUGAUAAUGGACCCUUCGUGCCAAAUCAAGGCCAUCCCACUGGGACCAGUGGCUAUGCUGGCGGACAAUUUCCAACGACCACUCGACAUACUGUUAAUGUUCAACCAAUCGCUGUCCCUUCCAUUUCAGUUGAUGAAAUGAAGUCUCUGACCGAUAGUUUUAGCACAAAAUCUUUCAUUGGUGAGGGGGCAUACUGUAUGGUAUACCAUGGUGUUUUCAAAAAUGGGCCUCACGUGGCGAUUAAGAAGUUAGAUUCCAGCAGGCAACCAGAAAGAGAAUUUCUCGCUCAGGUGUCGAUCGUAUCCAGGCUAAAGCAUGAAAAUGUUGUUGAGCUUCUUGGUUAUUGUGUUGAUGGUGCUUUGCGAGCCCUGGCCUAUGAGUAAGCUCCUAAAGGAACUCUUCAUGAUAUUCUGCACGGACGCAAAGGUGUGAAGGGUGCGCAACCGGGUCCAGUAUUGUCAUGGGCACAAAGAGUUAAAAUUGCAGUGGGGGCAGUUAGAGGACUUGAAUACGUACAUGAAAAAGCAGAGACUCAUAUCAUCCACCGUUAUAUCAAGUCUUGCAACACACUACUUUUCGAAGACGAUGUUGCAAAAGUUGCCGAUUUUGAUUUGUCAAAUCAAGCCCCUGAUACGGCUGCUCGUCUCCACUCUACUCGUGUUCUCGGAACCUUUGGUUAUCAUGCUCCAGAGCAACGCCAAAGCUGAGUGAAGACAAGGUGAAGCAGUGCGUGGAUGUGAAAUUAAAGGGAGAAUACCCUCCAAAGGCUGUUGCAAAG